GCACUGAAAUUUAAGAAGUUCUCUUUGCUGGGGUGGAGUGAUGGUGGAAUUACAGCACUCAUCGCAGCUGCAAAGUAUCCAGCUCUUAUCCACAAGUUGGUUGUCUGGGGAGCAAAUGCCAGCGUUACUCAAGAGGAUGUGAGAAUUUAUAAUGGCAUCCGAGAUGUUUCAAAAUGGAGUGAAAAGGUCAAGAAACCACUGGAAGAUAUGUAUGGACAUAAGUACUUUGCAAAAACUUGUGCCGCUUGGGUAGAUGGAAUAUCUCGCUUUGCUGAGAAAUCAGAUGGUAACAUCUGCCAGCAGUUGCUGCCAGAUAUUAAAUGUCCCACAUUUAUAAUUCAUGGUGAGAAAGACCCUUUGGUUCCACAAGCUCACGCAGAAUACAUUCAUAAGCACAUCAAAGGCUCUCGGCUGCUUCUGAUGCCAGAAGGAAAGCAUAAUCUACACCUGCGUUUUGCAGAGGACUUCAACAGACAAGUGGAAGGUUUCCUACGCUAACUUAAACUGUAAAAGAAGUUAGAGGUGUUUGUCCUUGCCUUAUUUAGGAAUUUAAGUUGGCUUUCCAUUUUCAUUCAAAUUACAGGUAGGUUUGAGUCCUGUAAGAAAAAAAAUGAAAGAUAUUUGCAUGAGAAGCAUCCAUUUUGAGAUUAUGUAAGCCUCAGUUGAUCAGAGUGCACCACUGUGCUGCAAGAUUUCUGACACGCCUUUAAACUUACUUCUUGCCACAUAAGCGAAAUAGCUGUUCUUUUUCCAAUAGAGGUGUUAAGAAAGACAGAAAACAUGAUCUAGAAUACAUGCCUUUAUGUGCUCUUAACAUUAAAGGACAAAAA